AUGGGUCGCGUUCGUACCAAGACCGUCAAGAAGUCCGCCAAGGUCAUCAUUGAGCGGUUCUACCCCAAGCUGACCCUCGACUUCGAGACCAACAAGCGCAUUUGCGAUGAGAUCGCCAUCAUCGCCUCCAAGCGCCUGCGCAACAAGAUUGCCGGCUACACCACCCACUUGAUGAAGCGUAUUCAGGACGGUCCCGUCCGUGGCAUCUCUUUCAAGCUGCAGGAGGAGGAGCGUGAGCGCAAGGAUCAAUACGUCCCCGAGGUUUCCGCUCUCGACUUCACCCAGAACACCGAGUCUGGCCAGCUGGACGUCGAUGCCGAGACCAAGGACCUGCUCAAGCACCUGGGCUUCGACUCUGUCCCCGUCAACGUUAUCAACGUCGUCCAGCAGCAGACCCAGGAGCGUGGUGGCCGCCGCUUCGGUGACCGCCCCCCUCGCCGCGACUAA